UAAAGAAAUUUUUCAAUCUUCAUGCUUGUUUAGUGUGAAAUGAAAAAUUAUUAAUGAUCUCAAAAUGAAAAAUGACAAUGGUGAGAAUAAUCUCCUCCACUGCCUGGCAUGUAACAGCUAGCCUUACUGAUGUAUGUGUAACUGAGUUGAUGAAUUGCUUCCAGACUAGGCAUUGAGCAGACUGUUUCAGCUCCAUGGGCUCACAGUCAAACAACUUGUCAAAACAGAUGACACACUUCGGCAUUAAUUACAUGAAACUUCCUAUAGAUCUUCUAGGAACAGGAAGGAGGAACAAGCGACAUGGUUGAAAACUUAGACAGUAUCCUGUUUUUCACUUCCAUUCCAAUUUAUGUCCUUGGUUUUGUAGGAAAUGUCCUGGUCAUCAGGAUUGUGCACAAAACGCCACCAAUGCACACAACGACAAAUUGCCUUUUGGUAAACCUGGCUGUUGCUGAUGUUAUCACCGUUUUGCUGUGGCCAUUAUUUUCAUCUUAUAGUUAUGUUAAGGAAUAUUUCAGUAAUGGAGUUGGGAACUUUAUUUGCAAAUUCACAGCUUUCACUGAAAUGUCUAUAAUGGCUUCAUCCUUCACUCUAACUGUGCUCGCAGUGGAAAGAUAUCAUGCUUUAUUAAAACCCUUAACAAUAAAGUUACGGUUAACUGAAGACAACAUCAAACAAGCCAUCGCUCUAGUUUGGUUGUCAAGUUUUCUCGUUUGUUUACCAGAGUUCUUCUUACGAGAAUGGAAAGAGCCCCUUUUGGCAUGUGUUGGUCCGUGGACAAUACACAUGAAUACAGAAAGCGAAGUUUACUUCUUCAUAAACUCAUUAUUCAGUGCUUAUUUUCCACUCGCUGUUAUGAGUUAUUGCUAUGGAUCCUUAAUUAGAGGUCUGUACUUUACCGGUGUAAUUUGCUCGGAGUCAGUGGCAAAUGCAGAAAGCAACACGGAGAAAAAGAAACUUGUUAUCACGUUUAUCUCAGCAACUGCUGGAUUUUUUGUUUGUUUUGCACCAAGUGUAGUUUUCUUCACAGUUUUAGUACUGAAACCUGCUGAAGAAGCAGAUUUGAAGUCAAAUUUUGAUCUUUCAUUACUGCUUGCUUUCCUGUUCUUAUUCAGUCCGUGUUUUAAUCCAGUGUUAUAUGCUUUCCGAAGUAGCAACUUUCAAGCUGGGUUUAAAAGAAUCAUAUUCAGUCUCAGACCUACAUGUAUAACACCCCAAAAUAACGAUGUUGAGCUGGAAUGAUUUUACUCUUGAACUGUAAUGUAGUUCUUCAAUAUUGCUUUGAAAAAUGUGAUACAGUGUAAUAAUAUUAUUAUUCUUUGAAUCAAAAUAACAUUGCGGUUAAAAUUGUUAUAAUUUGAAAAUACUUUGAGUGUGUGAGUUAAUAUUUUGGCAUUUGAAAAAUCGAAUAGAUCGCAAAAACUUUAAAAACACAAUUUGUAGUGAGCAAAACAUUAAUUAAAGAGUAGAAUAACUUGGCAUUCUUCUUAAGUAUUCUAUUCAUAUUUAUCUAGCUGUUAAUUCCUGAAUGCUAUAAAAUGAAAAUGUGGGGUGGCAGUGGCAUGAUGGUUAGUUUGCUUAAUUGUCUCCUGAUCAAGCGGUCCAGGUUUGAGCCCUGGCCAAGGACAUUGUGUUGUGUUCUUGGGCAAGACACCUAACUC